AUGAAAGUGACGAGAUAUAAGAAAGCUAGUAAGAGGAUCAACUUCUUCAUCAAUAACUUUGGCUAUCAUCCUCCAAUUCAAGUGCUUAUCGAUGGAACUUUUUGUUUUGCUGCAAUAAAGAACAAGCUAUUGAUUGAAGAGCAGCUAAAGAAUUACAUUCAAAUGGAACUGAGAGUGCUUACAACGCCAUGCAUGAUCAUGGAAACAGACAAAUUAGGCCACAAAUUCAUUCAAGUUUCUAAAAAGCUCAAAAGUAUGCAACUCAAUAAAUGUGGACAUGAGAAGAAUCCAUUGACUGGAUCUGAAUGCAUCAAGUCAUUAGUGAAGGAUAAUCGAUAUAUAAUUGCUACACAAGACAGAGAUCUUCAGGAAUGGAUUAGAAAACAAAUUGGAAUUGCUUUACUGUAUCUUCACAAUGUUGUUCCAACUUUAGAGGAACCGUCAUUAGCCACAAGAAAUUACAUAGAUAGAAAAUCAAAGAAAUCAUUAAAUGUAUCAAGUUUUGAAGGUGAACAGCUAGUACAAUUGAAAAAGAAGGAAGGCAUUGUUGAGAUCAAGAAAGUGACAAAAGUGAAGCUUAAAAAGAGGAAAGGUCCAAAUCCACUGUCCUGCAAAAAGAAACAGUCAAAAGACAGCAGUCAAAUCACUGGAAUUAAGAAUAAGGCAAUCAAUAAGAAUAAGAAUAAGAAAAAAAUUCUUAAAAAUGUAAAAUUGGAAAUAAAAAAAGCUUAA